AUGGAAAUAACAUUGACCGAGGUUGAAGAUAUACGAGAGCGCAGAACACAAGCUAGACGACGUCAUGAGGAACUGAGCUCGAAGUUGCUGAGAAGGCAGACCGUUUGGGCGGAGCUUCAGGAAGCUCACAAGACUUUUGAUCAAACAUUGCAACAGAUUAACUCGGACUUACUUGCCUGUUGUCCAAAUUACCCUACUAACUUGCAUGUUAGACAGUUGAAACAGAUUUCUGAGGCUGUGGAAAUGAUUCGACAGAAGGAAGCUCUUUGUGCAAAGACCAUGGAUGAAAUCAAGGAGACUUUUUUGGCUCGCGUGGACUCAAAAGUGACAGAGAUGAGCCGCUUGUGUGAUGCUCUCGGUGAAGGUGUCGUAAGACUUCUAGAAAUGCAGACCGACAAAGUGCAAAACGUAAAGUUGGAGCUUGAUAAAGCCUGUUCAAUGCAAGCUGGCAUUAGCUGGAAAGCUGAAGCAUUGGGUUCAAGUUUUACUCGCGUUCGGAUUGUUUUGGAAACAAUCAACACAAACAUGGAAGAACUCUUGAAAUCCAGGACUAUUAAAUGUCCUGAGACUAUUUUCCAAGAACUGAAAGGUCUUGCAAACUCUCUUGACCAAGAGCAGUAUUUAUUGAGUGAUUUUGCCGCUGAUGUGGAGGAACUUCAAAAGGCCUUUCACCCACCUCGUCAACUUCCACAAUUCCUUUGUAAGCUUCCCGACUCCAUCCAAGAAUGCUUUACCGAAACAUCAAAACGGCUGACAAAGGUAAGCUCAGAGGCCAGCGCUAAGAUGGCAGAAUUGUACGACCUUUGCUGUUGUCUGCAGAAGGAGACAACCGCUUUAAUGUCAGACGUUGACAAGUUUUCUGACCUUCUGGAAGAAUGUGGAGGAGUGAGUUCUCCCACCGAAAUCUCCACUCUUCAGAGUAGGCUUAAGGAAUAUGAGACAAGUUAUCAUUCCGCCGUGAAUAAGCUCAAACGUAUCAUUUCGCAGGCCUCAAAGGUCAAACCGAAUGACAAGCUAAGUGGUCUUCUUGAAGAGGCUUCAACAGUGUUGGCUGAAGGUCAGAGUAAGUAUGAUUCGGUGAAGACAACACUGAAACAACUAACACUCCAAUUUGAUCAAUUCACCAAGGACGUUUCUGCUGCUUGCGAAGCAGUCAAUGAGAAUAUCUCCUCACUCAAACAAAAUGUUCACUUCCGACUACCGAUUCAAGAUAUAGUGGAACUUAAGGAACGCUUAAACUCAAUAGGCGCAUUAGAAGAGGAUUUGGAGGCAGCUGAAGGAUCUACUUCCAUUGAAGUCUCAGUCUUGAAGACAGACAAUAUGGUACCUGGAGUUGCACCAAAAAUUAUUUCACUGCUGCGCCAGACAAACACACUUUCCGACGUUUUUGUCGAUGAUGCAUUGAGACCGUUACAGACUGCCUUGAAGAUCUAUUCUGGAUGCUUGGGUAAGGCCCGAGAAUCCUUGGAGGGUGUUACCGAAGCAGCAUCGGCUUGGAUGGCUGACUCAAAAGAACUGAUGGAGGCGUUUCAGCUGGCAUCGGAAGAACUUGACUUCCUAGAUCAUUGUCCUAGUGUGGACUUCAGUAACACAACAACAUCUCGUAUGGAAUGUCUUCAUAAAGCACGCGAUAUGGAAAGGUCAUGGUUGCCGCAGAAAUUUAGACAGAUUGAGAAACUUACACGUGAAGCUAACGCUAACAUUGUUGGUGGAAUGGGACUUGUAAAUAUCGAGGAGAUUCGGAUUAGAUUGGAAGACCUUCAAAAAUCCAUCACUACUUUCAAGUCAAGUCUCUCCAAAGCAAUAUUGGUAUGGGAGGCGCGAGUUUCGGAGGAGCGUGAGUUAAAACAGCUCUCAGCAAUGGCUGAAUCUCUGUGUGAAAGUUUUUGCAAAGAUCUAGAUGAUAUAGAGCCUCGUUACAGAUUUGUAUCAGCUCAGGAAGAAGAAGAAAUGUUGGCGCGAUUACAAUUUUUGAAGGGCCAAGUCCCUGUUGGUGAUGAGUUGCUGGCUAAAAUACGCUCCAUCGCCAGUUCGGACCAGUCGACACUUUCCACCUUCUCUUUUCUAUCAAGAUGGGAAAAUCUGGCUAAGAAUCGUCUGAGUGCGCUAAUCGAGGACGUGGAACAGGCGAUUGCUGAAAAGACGGGAAAGGAGAAGGAGAUUCUCAUGCUUCAGACUUGGCUCGAUGAUUUCCAACAUGUUAUACAGCAAGCCACUAUCGACAGUCAGAGUUCGAACGAUAUUGCUGAAAUGAAUGAAAAGCUGAAGCAGCUGAAGUCACAGAUUGAGCAUUGGGAAACUACACAAUUCGUGCCCUAUUCUUUGAAACCAGGAGCCAAAGAAAAGCUUGCAGCCUUAGAAGAUCAGAGGAGUGCGAUCCAGAAGCAGCUCAAUCAGUUAGAGCGCGUCAUAAAGGAAAAGACAAAUAUUCAAAAGGUUGUCGAAGAUCGACUUAAACAAGUCAUGUUCGAAGUGGAUAGUCUAUGCGCGGAACUCGAAACCCGAUUCGUCAACACUUCGCAAAAUCAAGAAGCGACAAGUUUCGAAGAAGUGUGCACCAAUCUUCGAGGAAGCAGGGAAUCGUUGAAGAGCAUCUAUGAAUUGAAGAUUGAAAAUCUAUUUGUAAAGUUGUACUCCUUAGAAUGUGAGGCUUCUGGUUAUCCAAGUUUAUCGGGAAACCUUCAAACCUACCGGUAUAAAUUGGAGGAGGCGAGGAAGGCGUUACAGACUAUAGACAGAAAUCUGUCAAAUCAGCUUACUGUCUGGGAAGAUGUCGUUUCUACAGUCAAAAAGAUAGAUAAAUGGAUUCGCGAAAAUGAAACCUAUAACUUAAAGGAGAAGAAAGACAACACAGAGGUUAUUGCGGCUCCGGUGGAAGCAUUUAGUAAGACGGAGUCGCAAAGGAAUAUGAACCGGCUUGAGAGCAUAGCAGAGAAAAGAUAUCUGGCGGUGUGCAGCGUCAGAAAUCGACUGGACCUUUCAAAUGCCGGAAAGGAGCAAUUGAGUCAGUUACGCAAGAAAGUUGAUCAAUUCACAGAGGGUAAAGAAGUCCUAAAAUCCAUGUUAGAAAAUUAUGCAGCAAAGGUGGAUGAGAACGUCGAUGAUAUGAAAUUCAAGUUACAAGUAGCUGAGGAAGGUCUAAAUAGAGUUAAGAAACUUCAACUUGCUGUGAGUAAUCUGGAUUCUCUCGUUCUUGAAUGCAACGAGGCUACAUCUUCAAUGGAGGAGCUUCACCGACGAAGUGAGAGUGCACUAACCCUACUGAACACAGAGAUGAGGCCUUUAGUCCAAGAAGACUUAGAAUUACGCAUUCAGAUAUCACGAGGUGAACGUUUGGUGCAGAUCCUUCAGGCCUGGGGACGAGAAAGACAAGCGCGAGAUCGGCUAGUCGCUUCUGAGCGUGAGUCCUUAAAGGUUUUGACUUCCAGCCUUCGUGAUUGGUUGCAACAGUGGAACAGGAGUCUCGAGGAGGCACGAAACACAGCCGAUUUGGAACUGGGUAUUCAGUUGACUGCCAACAUCCCGUUUAAUAAGUUUCGUUAUCUAGACAACGUCAAAGGUCUUCAUCAAGACCUACAAACCAAAUUGAGGGAGAUUGAAGAGGUGAUUGAAAGACGUGGAUCCAAGAGUAUGGUGGAAAAUGAAGCAGAGGAUGCUGAAUUGUCUUUGUUAAGGCGAGAGUUAGUAUCCGGUGAGCGAAAGGCAAGUCGAUGCAUUUCCGAAUUGACAGAGCGGUGUACGCAUGUCGAACGCCUUCGUGGAAACCUUGUCAAAACAAAAGAAUGGAUUAAAAGCAUGAAAAAACGGCUGGACCGAAUUAAAGCACUUCGAUCCAGACAUGACUCGACCGAAGAUGGUGAAAACGACCUUUCCCUGGAAGACAUUGAAGCAACAGCCUCUGAACUUCGACGAAAUCAAAUUCACACCCUUGGCCUUCUACAGGCUGCCAUCGAUGCUUCAGAAGGCAGCAAUAACAAUGCUUCUCUCAUUCAAAUAGCGCUCACUGAAGUAGAUAAGACAGAUCAGGAGAUUGAUCUAAUGCUGAAGACGAUUUCACAGGCUAAGGCCAGCUAUGCAAACUAUUGUGUACUGGUGACAGGACUGGAUAGGCUGAUUCAAAACUCUUCCGUGGCUUUGACAACCACUUCCACGAGGGUCAGCGAUUUACUGACCACGUAUCUUGGAUAUGGUAGGCACUUACCACUUCUCUCCCCCGUGAAACUAUCCUCGAGCCACCUGACACCGCAGGUGGAGAGGAUGCGGGUGGAAUUGGCAAAUUUGGACGAACUCGGGUGGUUGGAUGGAGUUGAUAUGCUUGUGCAAGAACUGAGAAACCAGGUCGAGGUGGAUCUUCUUUUGGUUAACUGA